CGCACCCUAGGGUUCGCAGGAAAUGCAAAGUGGACCACGAUGAGCGAGGACGUCGACAAGCACGUCUUGCGGAAGUACCACGUUUGCCAAAAGCUCGGCAAGGGUGCUUAUGGAAUCGUUUGGAAAGCGUUUGAUAGGAAGACCAACGAUGUUGUUGCUCUCAAAAAGAUAUUUGACGCGUUUCAAAACUCGACUGAUGCUCAGAGGACCUUUCGCGAGGUGAUGUUUCUUCAGGAGAUCAACGAUCAUGAGAACGUCAUCAAGUUGACAAACGUUCUCAAAGCGGAAAAUGACCGUGACUUGUACCUAGUGUUUGAGUACAUGGAAACGGAUUUGCAUGCUGUUAUAAGAGCCAAUAUUCUCGAGGAUGUACAUAAACAAUACAUCAUGUAUCAACUCUUUAAAUCUUUGAAGUAUUUGCACAGCGCAGGACUGCUGCAUCGAGAUAUCAAGCCAAGCAAUCUACUUUUGGAUUCGGAUUGCCGAUGCAAGCUUGCAGAUUUUGGUUUGGCACGAUCGGUUGCCCAAUUGAAAGAUGACAUGGGACAAGCGCAAGUGCUAACAGACUAUGUUGCUACUCGAUGGUAUAGAGCACCCGAGAUUCUUCUUGGUUCCACAAACUACACCUUUGGAGUGGACAUGUGGUCGAGUGGCUGCAUUCUUGGCGAGUUGUUGAACGGGAAGCCUGUUUUUCCAGGGGCAUCGACUAUGAACCAGAUUGAAAAAGUUCUGGAUCUAAUAGGAAAACCGGCAUCGGAGGACAUAGCAGCUUUCGAAUCGCCAUUUGCUGCAGCUAUGAUUGAGAACAUGGCUAUAACUGGCCCCAGAUCAUUUAGAAAAGCUUUCCCCAGCGCCACGCCUGAAGCUGCGGACUUACUACGCAAAUUGCUACACUUUAAUCCUCAGAAGAGGCUUACAGCGGAGCAAGCAUUGCAACAUCCAUACGUAGCUCAAUUUCACAACCCUCGUGAGGAGCCAUCGUGCAAUCGAUUGAUCAGGAUUCCCAUUGACGACAAUCAUAAAUUCACGAUCCACGAGUAUCGGGAAAGGCUAUACGCCGAAAUCAUCAGCCGGAAGAAAGAGAUCAGGAAGAAGGCUCGAGAGCGAGAACGGAGCCUCCACAGAGAGAUGUCAAGAAUGCAAUCGAGACGCUCGUCUUACCAUCCCAGAGCAAGUUAGAAGUGAGCUUUCUUGCUCUCCUGUUCUGUAGACUUAUUCGAGAUCUCUCUCUUCCAGCUUCGCGAAACUUACACCAAGUGCCUGUCGCGGAGGAACCCCACUCCUUACUUCAUCGAGAAUGGAAAGAGUGGAUCAAUCGCUCGAAGUAGAGAGUGGGGUUCUGUCCGUGACAGAAACUUGGUAUGUCACGCAUUGCUUGCCACUGAGAUCUGCGCAGAAAAGCACGCAAAGAGUUAAAGAGAUCUUUCGUUAGCUCCAAAUGUCCUCACCAUAUAACAUGGAGCACGCGAGCCAAAGGUCCUCACCAUAUAAAAUGGACCACGCGAGUCAAUGAUAUUCAAAGGUCCAGCACGUGAGUCAACGAAGUUUUGCUCAACAUUCGUGCCUAGUCAAAGGUCGACGAAGUUUUGGUCAACUUUAGGACCCGGCACAUUGUUAAUGCUUUUAUUACAGUAAAAAGCUUGCUUU